AAUACAAAAAAAGAAGAAGAAGAGGUUUCCAUAAGUACCUGCGAUGUUCAUAUUUGUAAAGUAUUUUACUGUACGAGUUUAAAUAUUAAGUAUAAAAUAAAAAUUUUCCAAUAUGAAGCUCAUAGACGAUUAUGAACACAUAAGCUUUCUUGUAAAUACUUAUAUGGUUCAUAGCUUGAAGAAGCCAGAUAAGUCCGUAAACUUACAGAAGUUUAUUGAAGAAGUUUACAUUAAGUUUAAAAAUAAAGGUCUUAGUUAUUCAGAAACAGAAAUAUUGUUAACAUGGAAGGAACUUGUUGAAGAAUAUUAUUAUUAUAAAAAAAAUUUUGGAAGUGAUUAUGCAACUAGUGCAUGGCAUUUGUUUGCAUUAAUGGAUAAUUGUUUUGAUCGCAAAGAUGUUGCAGAAAAAUUUACAUCCAAACAUACCUUCGUAUUAAUUGAUUGUAUGAGUAUACAUAGGGAAACUCUUGCCACUCAAGGCUUAACGCAGAGUGUUUUGGAUAGUGUUGAAAAUCAUUUCAGAGAAAUGGGAGAUAAUGAUAUUAAUCAAAGUGACAUUUUUGCUCAAUGGGAAUUAUUGAAACAAUCCUAUAGAGAGACAAGGCUACUUAUGAAACAGAGAUGUCGAAAUAUAAAAUUAAAUGAGUUUUAUGAUGCAAUGAGGGUAUUCUAUCAGAGUCCAGAAUUUCAAGCACAUAGAGUAUACAAUAAUCCAGCAAAGAAAAGAAAUGCAGUUUCGGAUGUUAGUGAAAUUAGUAAUAAAAAAACAAAUGAAGAGAUUAAGACAUUUAAUUCGGCGCUACGUUAUCAAUUACUCGCAUGUAUAAAGAACAAAAAAUCUGAACUUGGUUAUAAUAAGGAGUUGAGUCCUUCUCUAUUGAGUUUCAUUAUAGAAACAUUCAAAAGAUUAGGAUAUCAUGUCACAACAGAGACAAUUUGCAAUGAAUGGAAUGAUUUGUAUUACAGAUAUGAAUUAUUAAAAAGCAAUGAAAACCCAUACCAUUGGAAGUAUUUCAACGAAGUCAAUGAAAUUUGUAAUUCUGUAGAAUCAGUCAUAGUAGAAAAUGUUGAAAAUAAUGCUGCCGAAGGGGCAGCUGUUUUAAAAGAAAAAUAUUCCAAAACCUAUUCUGAAAUACCAGAAUUAAGAGAGUUGAUGUUAGAAAACAAUUUAUCGGGAGAGGAAGUUACAUAUUUGUUGAAUACAUUUGAUACUUGAGGAAAAUGUUAUGCUAUGUUUUGAAAGUUGAUUGGUAGGUGAAUUAGAUUGUUUUUAAAACAUAAUUCUUUGGGCAGUACCCAUUAUUUCAAACACUUGAAAAUAAAAGUUUUGUUCAUA